AACAUAAAGAUCAAGCAGCUUUAAUAAUCAGAUCUGACAGCUUUAACAGUUGGCUAAAUGACAGCAGUUUUCCCUAAAAUCUGGACAACAUGACAGACGGCUGUGUACAUCAUCAAAACAAGCAGAGGAGCCUAAAGCCAAUCAGGGGAGACCUACAAUCAAAGGCGGAAGUGGUCAUCAGUGACAGGGCUGAGCUCCCGCGAAAAUCGAGACACAUUUUCACCAUAAUACGUUCAGGUUUUUCCUCACUAUCAUGAGUAAAAGAAAAGCGAAAGAUGCUCAUCUGCCCAUUGGAGAAUGCAUUAAUCAGGUUCAUCGGAUUUUAAGGAAGAGGUUUUGCCAUCAGCAGCUUCCUGAUAAACCAGAGGGAUUGGAGGCUCAACACAAACACCUGAUGGACCUGCUGAAGCGAGCAAUGGUCCAUGGGGAGAGCAAUUCUGUCCUUAUCGUUGGCCCUAGAGGAGCAGGGAAAUCCAUGCUGCUGAGGAGCGUGCUGAGGGACUUGUCAGAGGAAACAGAGGUGCAGAAAAACCUCCUGCAGGUUCACCUCAACGGUCUCCUGCAGACGGACGACAGAAUAGCACUGAAAGAAAUAACAAGGCAGCUCCACCUGGAAAAUGUUGUUGGCGAUAGAGUGUUUGGAAGCUUUGCAGAGAACCUGGCUUUCCUUCUGGAUGCGUUAAAGAAAGGGGAUCGCAGCAGCAGCCGUCCGGUCCUGUUUGUCCUGGACGAGUUCGACCUGUUCACCCACCAUAAGAACCAGACCCUGCUCUACAACCUGUUUGACGUUUCCCAGUCUGCCCAGGUGCCCCUUGCCGUGGUCGGCCUCACCUGCAGACUGGACGUGCUGGAACUGUUGGAGAAGCGGGUAAAGUCUCGGUUUUCCCACCGUCAGAUCCACCUGCUGACCACCUUGACGUUCUCUCAGUAUCUGGAUCGGGUCAGAGCUCAGCUCAGCCUACCGAACGGCUUCCCAGAUGGAAAGUUUGUUGAGGAGUGGAACGCUACCGUCACAACUCUCUGUGAGGACACGUCGGUUGAAGAGGUCCUGCAAAGACACUACAACUCCAGUAAGGACUUCCGCUCCUUGCACAUGCUGCUGAUGUUGUGUUUGAGUCGCGUAUCGGUUGCCAAACCAGCCAUCACGCCAGCUGACCUCCAGGACGCCAGUCGCUUGUGUCUCGCCGACGCCAAGGCCAACAUGCUCCACGGUCUGUCGAUCUUGGAGCUGUGCCUGAUCAUCGCCAUGAAACACCUCAACGACAUCUAUGAAGGAGAGCCGUUCAACCUGCAGAUGGUUCACAAUGAGUUUAAGAAGUUCCUGCAGAGGAAGUCCAGCUCCUUGUACAACUUUGAGCAGCCGGUCAUAAUGAAGGCCUUCGAGCGCCUGCAGCAGCUGGAGCUCAUCCGACCGGCUGACAGCUCCUCGGCUAAGACCCAGAGGGAGUACCAGCUGAUGAGGCUCAUGCUGGACCACGGUCAGAUCAUGGAGGCGCUGCAGAAGUACCCUCAGUGCCCAACGGAUAUCAAACAGUGGGCCACGUCGGCAUUCGCUUAAAAUCUGGAUAUUAUGCGAUGUUUUUUAAGAUGUACCAACAUGUUUUAUGCUGCCAGAAUAAAUUAUGAAAGAAAAUAAAGGAACUAAUUUCU